AUGGCUGUCCUCUCGACCCAGCGUGCCGGCGUCAUCGCCCUGGCUUUGGCUGUUCCGGCCUUGACUGUCGCUGCCGACGUCGACCUCAAGUGGCAUGCCCCCGCUGCGAGCAAGGUGAACAACCUGACCCAGGUUCUCACUGGCAACGGGGUCUACGACUUCAUCUUCGACACCAGCAAGACCCCCGACGACAAGUAUGGCGUGUACAACUGGUGCAACAUGCCUCACGUCAGGAAGACCGAGUACGUCAAGGCGUCCGAUGAGUUCGAGCUGCAAUAUGUUGAGGUGGCGCAUCGCCACCACAAGCGUACCCCUUACCAGGACAACACCUUCCCAGUCGAGUCAUACGGCUGGGACUGCUCUGACGUUGCGCUGUUCUACACGGGCGAGCCCAUUGUCUCUGAGGGUGACUACACUGCUGCAAAGGGUUAUCUCGACCAUUUCCAGACCACUGAGAACCACUUCACCCCUGCGGCCAGGAAGGGAUUCCAGGGCAACUGCCAGUUCCCCCAGCUGACCGCUGGUGCUCUCGACGACUCUUAUGUCCACGGCGCUGACCUCUACGGCGUCUAUGGAGACAUGCUUGGUUUCCUGCCCAAGCGCUCCGAUUCCAAGUGGCAGGACAAGGUCAAGUACCGCGUCACCAACAACCUGAUCACCAGCCAGGUUGCCGGUAUGGUCAUCGAGGGCAUGUACCAGACUACGACUCGCGUCCCUCUCCACGUCGAGCCCAACGGAAUCGACUCUCUCGAGCCCCAGGGCUUCUGCAGCGCCGGCUCGAGCCUUUUCAACCAAAUCAAGUCCUCGUCCAACCAAGGCUGGCAGGAGCACCUCGACAAGGCCAAGAACCUGUUCGCGACCCUGGACAACAUCUCUGGAGUCCCCAGCAACGACGGUGGCUUCCACAUGAGCUUCGACCACUACUACGACAACUUCUCGGCCCGCCAGUGCCACGGCAAGCCCCUGCCCUGCAAGAUUGUCAACGGCAAGAACGACACUAGCACCUGCGUCACCCAGGAGCUCGCCGACAACGUCUACCGCUUCGGCCAGUGGGAGUACUCGUACUACUACCGCGACGCGCCGCAGUCCCUGGCCGCCUCGGCGUCCACCUACGGCACCUGGAUCGCCACGCUGGCCAACCACCUGCGCGCCGUCGUCGAGGGCAAGUCGGACGGCACAAAGUACUACCACAACGUCUGCCACGACGGCUCCAUCUCCCGCCUCCUGUCCGUCCUGCAGAUCGACCAGAUGGUCUGGCCCGGCAUGGGCUCCGAGGUCGUCUUCGAGCUGUUCAAGAAGAAGGCCAGCAGCAGCGGGCCCAAGCCCACCGGCGUCGUGGCCCCCAACUGCGCCCACGACAACUGCCUGCGCCAGAUGAUCGGCAAGAUCCAGUCCGCCAGCGCCUUCUGCCCCAGCUUCACGGCCGCGCCGAUGCCCUCGUCGACCCUGGCCAGCCUGCCCACCUGGGUGAGCAACUGCAAGGGCAGCGCCGAGCGCGUCUCGAGCGCCUGCUCCUGCGUCGUCCCCGCGCCCACUUCGAACAGCACUAGUGCUGCUCCUUCCUCCACCGCCAAGCCAGAGGCCGGUACUGGCAGCGAGAGCGGCUACUACGUCCGUGUCCUGUUCGGCGGACAGGUCCUCAAGUCGUCCAACCCGAGCCUGGGUGUUAUGGACCUCAUUCCCGUCGAGACUAUGCUGGGAUACUUUGAUGGCCUUGCCGGUAAGAACGCAGACAAGGUCGUUGACAUGUGCAACGGCAACAUCCCGCUUUCGAAGUAG